AUGUUUCCUAGGAAGUAUAGUUCUAGAAAUGAAAAGAGAAAUAAGAGGAUGAAAGUAAAACAAUUAAUUCAAUCUCAAUCGGGAGCACUUGAUAAAUAUUUUGGUACCAAGAAACAAGUAGAUAUUUUGGGUUCAAAUGACAAUGAUGAUGAAGAUUUGGUAAUUGAAGAGCCUACUCAUUGUGUGAGUAAUAAUGAGAAUGAUGAUUUGGUGAUUGAACAACCUAGUGAACAUAUGAAUGAGAAUGAGAAUGAGAAUGAGAAUGAGAAUGAGAAUAAAGAUUUGGGGAAUGUAGAAUCGAGUGAAAGUGAAGAUGUCAAUGUUGAAUGUGGACCUCUAAACAUUUAUGACCCUAGUAAUUGGGACAAGAUUGAUCAAAAUUUAAGGGAUUUACUAGUUGAAAGAGGUCCACAGAUGUUAGCGAGUGAGAUCAAGAGUACGAUUGUGGCAAGAAUCAAAGAAGCGAAAUAUUUUUCAAUUAUUCUUGAUUGUACUCCAGAUGUUAGUCAUGAAGAACAAAUGUCUCUUGUGAUAAGAUGUGUAGAUGUUUCAACUAGUCCGGUAAAGGUAGAAGAAUUCUUUUUAGAAUUUUUUAAAGUGGAUGAUACAUUGGGGUUGGGACUUUUUAAUGUACUUAGAGAGGCAUUGCACACACUCCAGCUUGAUAUUGGUGAUAUAAGAGGGCAAGGAUAUGAUAAUGGCUCUAAUAUGAAAGGGAGACACAAAGGUGUACAAAAAAGAGUACUUGAAAUAAAUCCAAGAGCAUUCUACACGCCAUGUGGGUGUCAUAGUCUUAAUCUUGCCCUUUGUGAUAUGGCUACCUCUUGUUCCAAAGCUAUCUAUUUCUUUAGAGUGGUACAACGCAUAUAUGUGUUGUUUUCAUCUUCUACAAAGAGGUGGAAAAUUUUCAAAGACAAUGUGGAAGGUCUCACACUUAAGCCAUUAUCACAAACUCGUUGGGAAAGUCGCAUUGAAAGUGUUAAAGCUAUAGGGUACCAAGCUCCACAAAUUAGAGAUGCUUUAAUUCAGUUGGAAAAAGAAGCUGAUGAUCCCAAUACAAAGUGUGAAGCUGAAUCCUUAGUUACAUCUGAAAUUGAGAACUUUGAGUUUUUGCUUGGCAUGAUUAUUUGGUACAAUCUGUUGUUUGCUGUUAAUUCUGUUGGCAAGACAUUUCAAGCUGAAGACAUGCAUAUUGAUGUUGCUAUACAUCAAUUAAAAGGACUCAUUACAUUUAUUGAAAAGUAUAGAGAAACUGGAUUUUUGGAGGCCAUGAUUGAAGCUAAAGAAGUUGCAAUUGAAAUGGAGAUUGAGCCUACAUUUCGUGAAAGGUGUGUUGCACAAUCAGCUGAAGAAUCCUUUAGCGUUAAUUAUUUUAUAUAUAUAAUAAAUCAAGCUCUUUCUUCACUUAAGAUUAGAUUUGAACAAUUUCAAAUAUAUGGUUGCCUCUGGAGAAAGAAGUUUUUCAAAGUUAAAAUUGAUCAAAUCCUACCUUCGAUCAAUAAUGUCACAAGAAAGAUUAAAUGGAUUAGCUAUAUUGUCUAUUGAAAAAGAUUUGAUAGAUAAAUUAGAUUAUACAAACUUAAAAGCUAAAAAUGCAAGAAGAGUAGUAUUUAAGUGAUCGUUGGGUUAAUUGUAAGCUGGAUAUUGCUAAACUAUAAAGCAAUAAAACCAAUUUUUAAUGUUUUUAAGUCAUUGUACUGAUUUCUUCCUAUCUUAUU